AUGACUGAUACAAAUUCAAUCGAUUUCUCUUCGCUCGUUACUGUUUUAAGGAAUGUUACCAGUAGAAAUUAUCAUGGUAUUGUUCGAGUCUAUGUUGAUUUUCCUGGACAAACUUUAAGUUUAUCUGUACCUGAUUUUCUUUAUAAUAGACUUACAGAUAUUAGAACUGAAUUUUGGCAGGUGGGAUUUCUAGAUCAUUACGAUGAAUGGCAUGCUUCACCUAAUACGACUUAUUUCUCAUCAACAUCUUAUAACAAUCAAAUUAUUGCUGUUUUUUCUUCAUCUUUUACUAAAACAAAAAUGCAACUUCGUUAUUUUGCUGUUACUGGAAAUUACAAUCCAACACGUUUAAAUGUAGGAUCUCAUGAUAAUUCUUUUUAUCAAGAUACAUAUGGAGUAUCUUGA